AUGUUUACUUCCCGCUCCAUCAUUUUUGCACUGCUCAGCUCCCUCGCUGUUGUCAAUGCGUGUAUACAGUGCCCAGGCUCAUUGAAGGUCGACCGUAGUGUCUCGCACCUGUCCAGUACCGGCCCAUUCGACCAGUUCACAGUUUGCACUUACACAAAUGCCAAGUUGUCAGGUGGCGAUUCAUCAGUAGCCUGUGAGUAUGACAACGUGAUGGUAAGCGGUUAUAAUAAUCCCGCACAUCGGCCUAUCAACGUCAUGGAUGAUGGAUCCGAGAAUCUUACGACUGGGCUCCGGUCGUCACCUUACUCGACAGCUUUCCUUCGACAGCUAAAUCCGAGUCUAGCCGAGCUUGCAGAGUGUAGUCUACGAGUAGAAUCCACCGUCUCCGAAGAUAGGGCGCUGCUACAACGGGAGGGAGGGGCUAGUAAUGCGGGAGGCAGCGGUUUCGAGCCUGCGAAAGCUCUCGUCAGGGGGCUUGCCGCUGCCCCGACCGCUUGUACUUCUAGUUCUACGUAG